ACUUACCGCAUAGUUCUAGAAGAGAAGACGACCUCAAGGUUACAUCCACCCCUAAUGUCAGAGGUAAAAAAGAUAAUAGCGAAAAUGUUGAGUCUAUUAUGAAGAACUCAACCCAUGGAUAAAUCUUUUGAUAUACAAAAGUUAAUGCCUAUAAAAUUAAACCCAGAAAGAGAAAUAAGUCAGUAAGCUUUAUAUUGGAUGAUACUGAAACUGUUGCUAUUAAGAGAUCGAAAUCAGAGCUAUCAGUAAUGGACAGCAAACUAACACAGAACAUCAAAACGAACUUUGGAUCAGCCAAAACUAAAAAACCCAAGAAAAAAUCUAAGGAUGGAAAAAAAAACAAAGGUAAUGCAAAUAAUUUCAAAAUAGAAAUUGAUGCAUCACAAGAAAGCACUAAGUCAGACGCGGUAGAGACAUGUGACAUGAAGGAUAUCUCAAGUAAUGAAAAACAAAGUGAAGAUAAUCUAAAGAUAAAGAAAAACAAAAGACAGAGAAAACGAAAACAAAUUGAUAAUUCUGCAAAUCCAGUAACAGUAAAUGGAACCCAAGCAGAUGAAGCUACAGAAAAAAAAAAGAAAAAGAAGAAACAUCAAACUAAACAAAUAAAAGAUAAAAUAGACUCAGAAGGUGAGCCAGCAACAAAAUCUUGUAAGAAAGAUAUAAAGCCAGAUGUAAUAGCACAAGACUUGGAAAGUUUAAGUAUUGGUCAUAAUGCACAUACAUUGACAAAUCUUCUUGAUGAAAUGACAGUCAUAGAUAAGAAAAAGAAAAAGCACAGAAAGCCAAAAAAGAAUAAGCAACAAAACUCUUCUGACGAUGUAACCACUGAAAUAGGUGAAACGAUAGCCGUGGAAGAGAAUAAGAAAUUAAAAUGGAUGAAACGCAAAUGGAAUAAAGACAGGAAAGUUGGAGUCAAUGAUGACAAACUUGUAACAUCAAUUGUUGUUGAGAACCUGCCCUUAAAAAUAAUGUGCAACUAUAAAAAGCUGCUUACUGAACACUUUACUACAUUUGGUCCAAUAAAAGUAGUUGGUAUUGCUGAAUUAUACUCUAUUGAACAUCCUGAAGCAUUCACAACUACUAUAAACUUUGAAAGUGAAGAUGCAGCCAAUAAGGCCUUAGAUGAAGACAAUACACUGUUUGAAGGCAACCGCAUUCGUGUAAAGCGACUCCUUCCGCCCUCACAGACGACGUUAGUUGUUAAGUUGUAUGCAAAUUUAUCAGAACCAGUGCUCAGCUCAGUCUUCACCAACGCGGGUCGGAUAAGAAACGUUCGUAGAUUGGUCAAAGGGAAAAAGUCUAUAUCUACAGCAUUUAUCGAAUUCGAUUGUCCAGAAGCAGUGGAACGAGCUAUCAAGAUGGCGGAAGAUGUCAAAAUAGGCGGCAAAAAAAUAUUUGCUGCGAAAUUCGAAUUACGCAAUCAAAACAAAAAGUUGAAGAAAAAUGAAAAUGAUGGAGGCAGUGAUGAUUCAAGUGAUUAAUGUAUCAUGCCGAGAUUUACUUCCUGAUUGUAUUUUAAAAACUUGAUCAUUUACUUAUAUACCUAUUUUAAAACUACUUUAUAAUGUAAUUUUAUACAGCUAAGUAACUACUUUUAGUAUAACAUGUUAAAAUUACUUAAAGCGAAUACAAUAUUUUUCUUAACAGU